CUACUCCACCCGCUGUUGGAAUCUUCAGUUUAAGGAGCCAACGAAACGCGAAUGACAUACUGGGCAUAUCACUACAGCUCCACGAGGAGACACAAAUCCGGAUAGAUAUGCAGACCCAUGCUACAAAAGCAUACAGGUAGCAGUGCAAGAGCAAGAGCAAGAUACAAAAUCGCAUUAUCAGCUGACUGACUACCGCUCCAGAAGCAAGCUUGACCAUUCAUGGAGUCUCCACCGGUGGCCAGGUGACAAGCUCGCCGCCGUUCACCUUCCAAGCCACCAUUUUGGGACCCAAUCCGCCGUCCCCUCCUGUGGGUUCUCUUAAACUCCAAUGCCCAUAUCUCUCUCUCCCCUGUCAUACUCGGUUCUCUUUCACUGCGAAUGCGAAACGGAGCCGCUUUGUGUGAAUCGUUCUGAAGGGCCUGGGCUAUGACUUUCGGGACCAGAUUGGUUGUUCGGAUUACACGCCGCGACAUUCCCUCGUGCUGAUAUCUUCUUAAAGUCUUGAACUGGGUUGCACUGAUGAGUUAGAGUCGCAUCCCUUGUGCUGUUGAACUUUGUCAACUAUCUUCCGACUAAGGCAAGGGAAGCCAAGACUGCUGAUAUCUGGAGACGAACCAGAAUUUUUGUUGUCUUUUUCACGCUCUCAAUAUUGAAUGAGGGACUUGAACUCUCUUUGGGUUCUUAAUGAAUGAGUCAUCUCUUGUGGUCUCCAUCGCGGUUUGCUUUGGUAAUUAUUAUAAACAGCCAAGUAAUCGUAAUUAAUUGAGAAGGAUGGAGCUUGCUAAAAGAUUUCCUGUCUUGUCAUUUAUCAUGAAAUCAGAGAUCCCACUUCUUUUAAAAUAUCGGAAAAGAUUCUUGCCCCUGCCUUGUAGUCCAAGUUCCUUCAUCACGAGAACUGUUAACAGUUAUCCUUUCAAUCCGCAUUCUAUGAAGAGAAUAAACCGUCUUACCACCUCAUCAAACCUUAAUCCCUUGCCACCACUUCAUCAGACCUCUGGUGAAAAGGUUUCCAGGAAAGCAAAGAAGAAAGAACGCAUGGAAUUACCAGAGUCGUUGCUCAAGUUUAAGCUGGAUAUGUGCUCAAGACAUGGAAAACUUGUUGAAGCUCUUCAACUUUAUGAUGAGGCUCGGGAAAAUGGGGUUCCACUUUCGCAUUACCAUUACAACGUGAUGCUUUAUUUGUGCUCCUCUGCUGGAAGUGGUUCACUUGGACAAGGUGGCAGCGAAAAUGACGAGAACCUAAAAGAAUUGGGUAUGAGGAGGGGAUUUGAAAUAUUUCGGCAGAUGGCCAUUGAUAAUGUUGCCCCAAAUGAAGCAACAUUUACCAAUGCUGCAAGGUUAGCAACUGCUAGGGAAGACCCUGAAAUGGCUUUUGAUUUGGUUAAAAAGAUGAAGAAUUUUGGUAUUCCACCGCUGAGGUCCUAUGGACCUGCUUUGUUUGGGUUCUGCAAAAAGGGAAAUGCCGAUAAAGCUUAUGAGGUAGAUGAACACAUGGUUGAUUGUGGAGUUUUGGCUGAAGAGUCUGAGCUGUCAGCACUUUUGAAAGUUAGUAUGGAUGCAAAGAAGGCUGACAAGGUAUAUGAGUUGCUGCACCGAAUACGUGCUACUGUGAGGCAGGUUUCUGAAUCAUCUGCUCAAAUUGUUGAGGAUUGGUUCAAGUCUGAUUUUGCAGCAAGUGUUGGCGUAGAAAGUUGGGAUAUUAACAAGAUUAAGGAAGGAGUAGUAAAGGGAGGGGGUUGGCAUGGACAAGGGUGGCUUGGCUCUGGUAAUUGGAGGAUUCGAAGGACUCAAAUGGACAAGAAAGGCGUUUGUCAAUCCUGUGGUGAGAAGCUUGUCUGUAUUGAUAUUGAUCCAAAGGAGACAGAAAACUUUGCCAGCUCAUUGACCAAACUAGCUCGCGAAAAAGAAGCUAAGGCUGGUUUUACAAAAUUCCAGGCUUGGAUUCAAAAGCAUGGACCUUUUGAUGCUGUCGUGGAUGGUGCAAAUGCAGGUCUUGUCAAUCAGAAACGUUUCAAUUUUUUCCAGGUCAACUUUAUCAUGAAUAAGUUACGUGAGAUGAGCCCGUCAAAGAGAUUCCCUUUACUUAUAUUGCAUAAAAGGCGUGUGCAUGGAAAACCUGAUAAAGAUCCUAGGAACCAAAAAUUGUUGGAGACAUGGGAGAAUUCUGGUGCACUGUAUCCAACUCCCCUUGGCUCAGAUGAUGAUUGGUACUGGUUGUAUGCUGCUGUCCAUUGGAACUGUUUGCUUGUCACCAACGAUGAGAUGAGGGAUCACCUCUUUCAGUUGCUUGGAUCUAGCUUUUUCCCAAGAUGGAAAGAAAAGCAUCAGGUUCGGAUAUCAGUCUCAAAACGCGGUAUUCAACUUCACAUGCCUCCACCUUAUUCUAUUGUCAUUCAGGAGUCGGAAAAUGGUAAUUGGCAUGUGCCAACAGUCACAGGUGACGACUUGGAGACCCCGAGGCAAUGGUUGUGUGCUACCAGAUCCAAAAAUGUGUCGAACCCACUCUUAAACUUGUUCUGAUAUCCUAAUCUGUAUCAUGCCGUUUUCGAUUCUUCUGCACAUGAAAAUCCAUGUCAUUCCAUGGACAUUUAUUUGAUGGGUAAGAUUAGAACAUUAAGGAGACUAACUUGUGUGGAAUAGGAGCAGAGAUUAUAAAAAGAAACGAAGAAGAAGAGGGGAAUUUAAAAAGCCUCAAUGCGCAAAUUGAACAUCAUAACCAGCCUUGUUCCUGCAUUCUUAUGUACUGAACUUUCUUCUUUGGCCA